AUGCCAUUCACUCGAUCAAGUACCCUUCCAACUCUCUCAUUAGAGGACGAAAGGUAUUUCAAUCAGAAUCUGAGUCCUCAGUCUCGUCCAUUGGACAUGUGCAAGGGAUCCGACCUUCUGCCCGGCAACUGGUCCUAUGACAGUGCUAUCGAUCUCUUUUCUCUGAACCCCGCCAACAUGGAUCCAGUCGCCUUCGAUUUUACCGACAACUUUACCAAUGCAGACUCCAAAGAUUUGUUCGUGGAUCCAUUCGGAACACCAACGGUCAUCAAUGGUUUCACGAUGCCUGCCGCCGAUGACACAGUAUCUCUCUCAUCAGAUCUGGACAGCGAUGAUCAGUCUUGGUCCGCCGGAAUGUGCCAAUCCAUUGACAAGACUAUCCCCGAAGAACCCACCAAACCAUCCAGGCCUGUCACCCGCAACUCUGUCCAGAGCACCGCCUCAACGCGAUGGUCGUCCAGCCCCGAGAUGCAAUCCCAAGAAUAUAUCACCCCCAAACAAUCAAAGACAUCCGGUCGGAAAUCUCGCAGUCUCUCGCAAGACUCCAACGUCUCCUCGAGCCAAGACCCCCAAAUGCGUAACGCCGCUAAAAGAGCUGCCCACAACAUCAUCGAGAAACGUUACCGCACGAACAUGAACGCCAAAUUCCUCGCUCUGGAAAAGGCAAUCUCCCCCGCCGGAGCCCACAAACAAUCUCGAGUCGGUGCUGGAAAUUUGAAGAAAUCCGAGAUCCUCAGCAACGCCCUCGCAUACAUCGAAAGUGUGCAACAGGAAAACGCAGCCGUUCACAAGGAACUCGCGCUUUUAGAACACAGUCUUGUCUCCGGGGGAGUGUGGCGACACAAGCAGCCGCGCGCUUGA